AUGGAGAAAAAGCUUUAUUGCAUAUUUGCUUAUGCAUUCCUAAUUACCAUAACCUUCCAAAUGCUUUCUUCUGAAGCCAAACAACCUCUGAGCCUUGCAACUGAUCAAACUGCCCUUCUUUCACUCAAACAUACAUCUCUUUUACUUGCAACUAAUUGGACCAACUCCACCUCCGUCUGCACCUGGAUUGGCGUCACUUGCAGCUUCCGCCACCACAGAGUUGCUGCCUUGAAUCUCUCCAACAUGGCUCUCUCCGCCACCAUUCCUCCACAGCUCGGACGCCUCUCCUUCCUCGUCUCCCUCGACCUCACCAACAAUCUUUUCUAUGGAGAUUUGCCACACCAACUCUCUCUCCUUCGCCGUUUGAAGUUCAUAUCUUUCCGACUCAACCACUUCACCGGAGACAUCCCUCCGAUGUUGGGUCAGUUACCAAAAUUAGAGCACUUGAAUUUACGCAACAACAGCUUCAUAGGUUCCAUCCCAAAAUCUCUCUCAAACCUCACAAACCUACAAUUUCUUGACUUAACUUCCAAUUCUCUAAGUGGAGAAAUUCCAAAAGAGUUUGGGAGACUUCAAAGUCUACAAACUCUAUCAGUUCAAUUCAAUCGUCUAUCCGGUGCUAUACCAUCAGCCAUAUUCAACAUCUCGACCCUUGUAGUUAUAGCAUUGAGAGACAAUGAAUUGAGUGGAAGUCCUCCAACAGACAUGUGCCGUAAUCUUCCAUUUCUUACUGUGCUUGGCCUUUCUUUCAAUAAGCUGAGUGGCGCGAUUCCCAAAAAUCUAUCCCAAUGUUCACGGCUUGAGGUGUUGGGCCUCUCUUACAACUCUUUUAGUGGGGAGAUACCUUCAGAAAUCGGCUACUUAACAUCUCUUCAGAUUCUAAAUCUUGGUGGUGACAAUUUGAAUGGAAUACUACCACAUGAGAUUGGCCAUCUUCAGAGUCUAGUUGAGUUUGCUGCUGAAGAUAAUGAGAUUGCGGGCUCAAUUGAUUUCAAUAUUUUCAUGAAUAUGUCUUCUCUGCAAACCUUAGCACUAGCGCGUAACAACUUCACGGGGAUCCUUUCAAGGGAUGUCGGGAAUAUUACCAUGCUAACAAAUUUAUACCUCUAUGAAAACCAUUUUACAGGGCUUAUUCCCACUGAAUUUGGCCAACUUUACCAUUUGGAGAUAUUAGCAUUAGACGUGAACAGCUUGAAUGGUUCGAUUCCACAUGAGCUCUUUAACAUUUCAACUCUUCGGAUUCUUUCACUUGUUGACAAUGCUCUGACAGGGCUUCUGUCGGGAACUUAUCUUCCUUGCUAUCAACAUUCUAUGCCGGCAAUUGCAAAUUCAGUGGCAGCAUUCCUCUUGAAAUAG